AUGGUCCGUCUGCGGGAAAUCCCAAGGACGGCCACCUUCGCCUGGUCUCCUGGGGCUGCAUCACCAUUGAUUGCUACAGGAACCCGGGCUGGUGCCGUCGACGUUGACUUUUCAAACAAGACAUGUCUUGAGCUUUGGGAUUUGAGCCUGGAUCGUCAAGAUGCUAGCGAAGAGCUCCAGCCGGUAGCUAAGAUCGAUACCGAUUCUGGUUUCAAUGAUUUGGCCUGGGCGGAUUACGAUGAUACAAAACGGGGCGUGAUCGCAGGUGGUUUGGAGAAUGGCUCCUUGGAUCUGUGGAGUGCCGAUAAGCUGCUUGCUGGAGCCAGUGAUCCGUUGAUUGCGAGAGCAUCAAAACACUCUGGCGCCAUCAAGGCCCUUCAAUUCAACCCCAAACACUCGAACCUCCUGGCCACCGGUGGCGCAAAGGGCGAGCUCUUCAUCUCCGACCUAAACAAUAUCGAUAGCCCGUUCCGAUUGGGUACAGCCGCGGCUCGUACCGAUGAUAUUGAAUGCUUGGACUGGAACAAGAAAGUCGCGCACAUUCUGGUAACCGGUAGCAGUGCCGGCUUCGUUACCGUGUGGGAUGUCAAGACCAAGAAGGAGAGCCUAACCCUCAACAACAUGGGUAGGAAAGCUGUUAGCGCUGUGGCAUGGGAUCCCGAGAAGCCCACCAAGCUGGUCACCGCUACUCCGCUCGAAUCAGAUCCCAUGAUCUAUGUUUGGGACCUGCGAAAUUCCCAUGCUCCUGAACGGACUCUGAAGGGCCACGAAUCCGGUGUUCUUUCACUCUCAUGGUGUGACCAGGAUCCGGACCUCCUGAUAUCGUCAGGCAAAGAUAACCGCAACAUUUGCUGGAACCCGCAAACCGGCCAGGCCUAUGGAGAGUUCCCCGUCGUCACUAAUUGGACCUUCCAAACUCGUUGGAACCCGCAUAACCCCAAUUUCUUCGCAACCGCUUCUUUCGAUGGCAAGAUCUCAAUCCAGACUCUCCAGAACACGAAGACCGACAAUGCCCAAGCCAUUGCCGACCACAACCAAGCUCUUGAUGGCGAAGACUUCUUCGCUAAAGCUCAGACCCAGCCCCAGGUUUCCAAGUUCUCUCUUCCUAAGCCCCCUCGAUGGAUGGAGCGGCCUAGUGGAGCCUCAUUUGGUUUCGGUGGCCGGGUUGUUUCCAUUGGCCUUACUGAGAAGGGGUCUCGCUCUUCCAAGAUCAAAAUCACACCAUUUGAGGUUGAUGAGAGUGUUGGCAAUGCCACCGAGAGCUUCGAAACUGCCCUGAAGGGCGGAGAUCUGCGGAGUCUUUGCGAGUCUCGCGCCGCUGGUGCUUCUACUGAAGAGGAAAAGGCUGAUUGGAAGGUUAUCCAAGCCUUGCUCUCUGAAAACCCCCGCAAAGGGCUGGUGGAGUAUUUGGGCUUCCAGGACCAGGCCGAUGAAGCCGCCGAUACCUUGGGUAAGCUUGAGUUGGAUAAGAAGAACGAUGAAGCGACCAACGGAGUGCCCGAGAAGCCGACAGCUAGUGCAAAGAAGCACAAACGUUUGCAAUCUAUGUUUGAUGCUACUCCCGAUAGUGAUAACUUCCUGUCGGAACUAGCUGCAUCUAAGGGUGCUCAAACCAACAACCCCUUCCAGAUCUUCAAUGGAUCGGAGACCGAGGGAGACCAAAUAAUCACUCGGGCUUUACUUCUUGGAGAGUUCGAGAAGGCUCUUGACGUUGCUCUGCAGGAGGACCGCAUGUCUGAUGCUUUCAUGAUUGCCAUCUGUGGAGGCCAAAAGUGCAUCGAGAAGGCUCAAGAGUACUACUUCUCGAAGCAGGCCGGUGGUCCCAACUAUAUGCGCCUGCUUGCUUCCAUCGUUGGCAAGAACCUUUGGGAUGUGGUACACAAUGCGGACCUUUCCAACUGGAAAGAGGUGAUGGCUGCACUGUGUACGUUCGCUGACGAGAAGGAAUUCCCUGAUCUCUGCGAUGCUCUUGGCGAUCGCCUCGAGGAGCAGGUGAAGACCACCGAUGACAAGACUGCUCGCAAGGAUGCCUCCUUCUGCUUCCUGGCUGGUUCCAAGCUCGAGAAGGUGGUGGCGAUUUGGGUUGAAGAGCUCCGUGAGAACGAACAGCGUGGUGUUGAGACCGAUGCUGAUAAUUCUACCUUUUCAAUCCACGUCCGUGCUUUGCAAGGUCUGAUUGAGAAGGUGACUAUCUUCCGCCAAGUCACCAAGUUCCAAGACACGGAAAAGAACAAAGACUCAGACUGGCGCCUCGAAACCUUGUACGAGAAGUAUAUCGAGUAUGCUGACGUUGUUGCUACUCAUGGCCGCCUCCAGGUUGCCCAGAAGUACCUUGACCUUGUUCCCGAGAAACAUCCGGAGGCCGAGGUGGCUCGCAACCGCAUUAAGCUUGCCAUGAGACAGGCUCCGCAGAAGGCUCAAGCUGCCCCAACUGCGAAGGCUAGCUUCAAGCCUCUUCCCCAGCAGCCCAGCAUCUACCAGCCACAACAGAGUUUCUCUCCACCGGCUCCGAAUGUUGGCGCCCAGAACCCAUAUGCGCCUCCAGCUCCUGCAGUUACCGCUCCUCAGCCGCCAGUGAACCCGUAUAGUCCCGUGUCUACUCCUGCGGCUCAGCCCCCGAACCCCUAUGCGUCCAUUGGAGGCGGUGGCGCCAGCUACACGCCAGCGGGAUACCAGCCUACCCAGGGCAUGAGGGCCCCGGCAUACGCUCCUCCGUCUGCGUUUGGAGCGCAAACCGCACCCACUGGUGUUGUUCCUCCCCCACCUCGGGCAUCUAACCAGUCGCCAGGUAAUACCAUUACCACUUACACCACUGCCACUGGUCUCCCCGCUUGGAACGACCUGCCCGAAGGCUUCACCAAGGCUCCUACCUCGCGCCGUGGUACUCCAGCCGCGCCGGCAGCUAUCAGCUCUCCGUUCCCCAACCAAUCCCCUCCUCUUGCUCAGGGCGCGCCGCCCCAGGGACCAGCGCCUACUGGUCCCCAGCGGACGCCAUCUGUUCCUCCUCCACCAAAGGGAGGAGCUCCCCCUCCCCGGGUGAUGUCGCCUCCGACAUCAGGUAUUGCUCCUGGCCCACCUCCGCCUGCCCCUGUCAAUCCAUAUGCUUCCCUGCCCCAGUCUCCGCCGACAUCAACCAUGGCCCCUCCAGCAUCAAUUCCCCGGGGGCCAUCACCGUAUAACCCCCCGCCGAGCAUGCCGCCGCCAACGAGCCGAUAUGCACCAAGCCCGGCUCAGGCCCCGAGCCCGCAAUUGCAGACUCGUGCGCCGGUGCCCCCUCCACCCCAAGGUGCGCCGUCGCCAUAUGCUCCCCAACCUGGCGUACAGCCCCCUGCGGCAAGCCCAUAUGCACCUGGUGCUUCUGCGGUCGUCCCGCCUCCCCCAAUGGCUGGAGUUCCCCCUCCGCCUAUGGGCUCUGCACCGCCUAUGGGAUCUCGGCCCCCAACGGCUCCGUCUCAAAAGGCUACUCCUCCCCCUUCAACCCCCAAGUACCCCCCCGGGGACCGAUCUCACAUUCCUCCCAACGCUUUGCCUAUCUAUGAGAUUCUCUCGGCUGAUAUGGCACGCGUCAAAGCUCGCGCCCCAUCAUCUUUCAAGGCUCAGGUCGACGAUGCUGAGCGCCGCUUGUCCAUCCUCUUCGAUCACCUGAACAAUGAGGACCUGCUUAAACCGAACACGGUCGCGGACAUGGCCACUUUGGCCCAGGCUAUCCAGGCUCGGGACUAUGAGACUGCCCGCACCGUUCACGUCGACAUCAUGACUAACCGGACCGAUGAGUGUGGCAACUGGAUGGUUGGUGUCAAGCGCCUUAUUGGCAUGAGCAAGGCUACGCCAUGA